AUGAUCGGUGCCACAAGGCGCUGGUUCCAGCGCAAUCGCAAGGGUCUUGCGAUCGGGGCCGGCGUAAUAGGAGCUGGUUAUAUGGCCGGCCAGUAUCUAAUAUCCAAGAUCUCCGAGGCCAGGGAACGCAUGAGCAGUGAUCGGAUUGCCCGCGAAAAUCUACGCCGGAGAUUCGAGCAAAACCAGACCGAUUGCACAUACACCGUUCUUGCCCUAUUGCCGACCGCCACCGAGAAUAUAAUCGAGGCCCUUCCGGUUGAAGACUUGACGAAGGAGCUUCAACAGAAGCGAGCGGAGAGAUUGGCCCGGUUGAAUACUGGCGAGGCCACCGGCUCGGAUUUCAGCUCGGUCUCACCCAGUCUCGCAGAUGAUGCCAGUUUCCAGAGUGAGGGCUUUGUGCACACGAGCCAGGUCGUGGAUGCGGAAGGUCAACCUCGGCCCAAACGGAACAAGACCCAGCUGUGGAAUGAAGUGAAGAUUACCUCAAUUACCCGUUCCUUUACUCUGAUCUACACCCUCUCCUUGCUCACCAUCUUCACCCGCAUCCAACUCAACCUCCUUGGCCGCCGAAACUAUCUCUCUAGCGUGAUUUCUCUUGCUACACCUCCUGCAAAUGCCUCAACUAUCAGCCUCGAAGACCAUGACGAUGAGCUCACGCAAACAUUGGGCGACGACUUCGAGACCAACCGACGUUACCUCGCCUUCAGCUGGUGGUUGCUCCACCGUGGAUGGAAAGAGCUUGUCGAAAGAGUCCAGACCGCAGUGGAGGAGGUCUUCGGCCCACUCAACCCUCGCGAGGAUAUUAGCUUGGCAAAGCUCUCGGAAUUGACUCUAGAGAUCCGCAAAAAGGUUGAAGGAAGAACGGAAGACGAACGACGAUCCCAGAAAUGGCUCUCUUGUCUACUGCCUCCGGCCGAAGAAGAAGAAUAUGUUUUGCGGGAAUCAGGCGUGGAAGGUGUCGCGGACCCGUCCUCGUCACAAACGGCCCUUAAGCUGCGUCACCUCCUGGAUGAGACAGCGGAUUUGAUCGACUCUCCUUCAUUUUCCUACGUCCUGACCCUUCUCAACAACGAAGGAUUCUCAACUCUGGUCGACCAACGUUGCGCCGCUGAUGCUUUCAAGGCGCCCACCUCUACCCCGGAGACUGCUCCUCAGUCCUUUGAUUCGAUAGCUACAGUCAUUCCCUUGGCCGCUAAUGCUGAGCGCAAGACCAAGCUGGCUAACCUGUUGGCUGUCAUGGCUCGGCAGGCGCAUAUCAUUGGCAACGGUACUCACUCACCUAACGAGUACCUAGUCGCAAUGGACCAAAAUGUACGCGAGCUCGAGGCUUUCUCGGCUGUGGUCUAUAGCUCGAACUUCGAUCUUGAGCUCUUGGGCGCCAAGGAACAGGCGGCAACGGCCAGGGAGACGGACUUCACAGAUGCCUCGCCCGCUUCACCGUCUGUUUCGCAUGUCAUGGUUGAGAGGGAGGUUGAUGUUGAAUUAAACUUGAACGACGCCGAGCCUGCCAAGCCAUCAAUCGUUGAACAUGUCGAGUCCUCCAUCAUCGAGCCCAUCGAAUCCUCUCGCGACGAGCCAAUCGAGCCAUCUGUCAUUGAGCAUGUCGAGACUUCCAUUGUCGAUCCUGUCGAGUCACCUCCCGAGCCUGUCGCCUCGUCCGCCGCCGAGCCCGAGGCUCCAGCUUCCGUCGAGGUUCUGGCUGACUCGACCUUUGAGCAGGCUUGGGGGAAAGCCGUUGAUGACACGAAAGACGCCCCGGUAGAGGACCACCCGGCCGAACAGACCCAGCCGCAGUGA